AUGUUGGUAGAGACUGUUAUUUUGAAGCCGGCUUUGUGAAGAUUUCGCAAAGUGUUUAAUUUAUAAAAUUUUUGUUGAUAAAAAUACGUGCCAGUGAAAAUUUUUCACUAUGCAUUACGUACAAAAAUAUUUGGAUAAAUUGCACAUCCCAAAAUUAAAUUCUACUCCUGUAUCAAAUGGAUUGAAAACAAAUAAUAUUAUCUUGUAUUGCAGCUACUACAGCUUUUAUUCCCAGAAGGUUCUAAUGGCACUUUAUGAAAAAAAUAUUGACUUUGAGCCUAUUGUAAUUGAUAUUACCAAAGGCGAACAGUACUCUCCGUGGUUUCUUGAAAUUAAUCCAAGAGGUGAAAUUCCAGUUCUCAAAGUGAACAAUGCCAUAAUUCCCGAUUCGACCAGGAUUAUGGAUUAUCUAGAACUUUACCUUGAUCAAGAAACUACUCCACUCUUAGAAGUUUCACAAGACAGCAAAGUUCUGAUGAAUGUGAACAGAUUUCGUGAGCUGAUAGAGGCAUUACCUGCUGGAGUGAUUACUGUUGGAUCUUUCUUCCAUCAGCAUUUAUGUGGAAGUCCCAAGUUGCCAUUUAUACUACCUGUUCGAGAAGUAUUAAAAAGUGGAGAUUUAACAAGCUCAAAAAAUCUACGAAGGCUGGCCGAAGAAAAUCCUAAAGCCAAAGACGUUCUAUUGUACAAAGCGGAAAUACAAGACAGAAAACAUGAUAUUAUCAGUAAUGAAGAUGAAUACAUGAAGAUUCUGAAUGUUGUAGAGGAAGUUCUAGCUCAGGUAGAAGAACAACUACUGAAGCAAGGCGAAGAUAACUGGUUGUGCUGUGAAAACUUUAGUAUUGCUGAUAUUAACUUGGGAAUUCUUCUACAAAGGCUUUGGGAAUUAGGCUUGGAAGAUAGGUUCUGGGCAGGAGGUAAGCGUCCUUAUAUUGAGAAUUACUUUCAACGUAUCAGGAAACGAGAAUCAUUUAAAAAAACUAUACCCAGUCUGCCAGUUCACUUAAAAAUGAUCGUCACUUCUCAACCACCAGUGUACGUUGGAGCUGCUGGUGCAGUUUCAAUUUCUGUUGUUAUUGCCAUUGCUUAUGUUUUCAAAAAAUUAUUACGCUAAUUAUUUAAAUAUUUUGUUAGCAUGGCAGCUAAAAUUUGAACCGACAACUAAUUUCAUUUGCUUUCAGAUAUAAAAUUAGAGUAGAGUUAAAAAAUUGGUCUUACUGUUGCACUUUUUCAUCACUGAAUGUUUUUAGAGAAAAACAUGUCAGGAAAAAGUAAAAUAUAAGACACCCUGUAGAAUAUGACUAUUAUUAUAAAGUAUAACAUGAAACAAAUCAGUAUUAAAAAAGAGUAUUAUAUUUAAAUUACAAAGUAGUAUUAUAAGAUAGUGUAACAAUAUAAAAACAGUAAUAAAUAUUAAUUUAUUAAAUGUAUUUAAAUACUAUCACACGUGAUUGUACAUAUUGAUAUAUUUAGGUAAAAAAUGCAUUAAAGCAUGUUGUGAUAUUGAAGUGUUAAAGGGACCAAAUAUUGUAAGAUUUAAUUACAAGAAUACAUUUUAUUGGAGACUUUCAAUUUCACCAACGUCUGUUAGUGUUAACAGCUUGUUAAAAUGUAAUG